AUGGGGCCGGCGGCCGGCAGCGCCGCGCUGCUGCUCUGCUGGCUCAGCGGCUGCUGCGCGGCCAUCAGCUCCAUGGACAUCGAGCGUCCCGGCGACGGGAGGUGCCAGCCCAUAGAGAUCCCCAUGUGCAAGGAUAUCGGCUACAACAUGACCAGGAUGCCGAACCUGAUGGGGCACGAAAACCAAAGGGAAGCCGCCAUUCAGCUGCACGAGUUUGCCCCCUUGGUGGAGUACGGGUGCCACGGCCAUCUGAAAUUUUUCCUGUGCUCGCUCUACGCCCCGAUGUGCACGGAGCAGGUUUCUACCCCGAUCCCGGCCUGCAGGGUGAUGUGCGAGCAGGCGAGGCUGAAGUGCUCCCCGAUCAUGGAGCAGUUCAAUUUUAAGUGGCCGGACUCCUUGGACUGCAGCAAGCUGCCCAAUAAGAACGACCCCAAUUACCUGUGCAUGGAAGCCCCCAACAACGGGUCGGACGAGCCGCCCCGGGGCUCCAGCAUGCUGCCACCCAUGUUCCGUCCCCAGCGGCCCAGCAGUGGCCACGAUCUGCAGCAGCACAAGGACGGCCCGAGCAGAACGUCCUGUGAAAAUCCCGGCAAGUUCCACCACGUGGAGAAGAGCGCUUCCUGCGCGCCGCUCUGCACGCCAGGGGUUGACGUUUACUGGAGCAGGGACGACAAACACUUUGCUGUCAUUUGGAUUGCCAUCUGGUCCAUUCUGUGCUUCUUCUCCAGCGCUUUCACCGUGCUCACUUUUCUCAUAGAUCCCCAGCGUUUCAAGUACCCCGAGAGGCCCAUCAUCUUCCUCUCCAUGUGCUACUGCGUCUACUCGGUGGGGUACAUCAUCCGCCUCUUCUCAGGCGCCGAAAGCAUCGCCUGUGACAGGGACAGCGGCCAGCUCUAUGUCAUCCAGGAGGGGCUGGAGAGCACUGGCUGCACCAUUGUGUUCCUGGUUCUCUAUUACUUUGGUAUGGCCAGCUCCUUGUGGUGGGUGAUCCUGACUUUGACCUGGUUCCUGGCGGCUGGGAAGAAGUGGGGGCACGAGGCCAUCGAGGCCAACAGCAGCUACUUCCACCUGGCAGCGUGGGCCAUCCCGGCCGUGAAGACCAUCAUGAUCCUGGUGAUGAGGAGGGUGGCUGGAGACGAGCUGACAGGCCUGUGCUACGUUGGCAGCAUGGAUGUGAACGCCUUGACGGGGUUUGUGCUCAUUCCUUUGGCGUGUUACCUAAUCAUUGGCACUUCUUUUAUUCUUUCUGGGUUUGUGGCCCUUUUUCACAUCAGGAGGGUGAUGAAAACAGGUGGAGAAAACACCGACAAGCUGGAGAAACUUAUGGUCAGGAUUGGAGUCUUCUCAGUCUUGUACACAGUGCCCGCCACUUGUGUGAUAGCUUGCUAUUUUUAUGAGAGACUGAACAUGGAUUACUGGAAAACUCUGGCGACUCAACAGAAAUGCAAGAUGAACAAUCAGACUAAAAAUUUAGACUGCAUGAUGAAUAACUCUAUACCAGCAGUAGAAAUUUUUAUGGUCAAAAUUUUUAUGUUAUUAGUUGUGGGCAUUACUAGUGGCAUGUGGAUCUGGACUUCCAAGACUCUUCAAUCCUGGCAAAAUGUUUGUAGUCGGAGAUUGAAGAAGAGAAGUAGGAGAAAACCCGCAAGUGUUAUUACAAGCAGUGGAAUCUACAAAAAACCUCAACAUCCACAGAAAACUCACCUUGCAAAAUAUGAAUCAACAUUACAACCGCCCACUUGUGUGUGACCAGGUUUUAGAAAAGACUGUAUCUCACCUCACAGACUUACAAAUGUCCACAGUAGCAGUCAGAAAUUUAAAAAUGA